AUGAAUAGAUACACAACGAUCAGGCAGCUCGGGGAUGGAACCUACGGUUCCGUCCUGCUGGGAAGAAGCAUUGAGUCUGGGGAACUGAUUGCCAUUAAAAAAAUGAAAAGAAAGUUUUAUUCCUGGGAGGAAUGCAUGAAUCUUCGGGAGGUUAAGUCUUUAAAGAAACUCAACCAUGCCAAUAUAGUAAAAUUAAAAGAAGUUAUCAGGGAAAAUGAUCAUCUCUAUUUUAUCUUUGAGUACAUGAAGGAAAAUCUUUACCAGCUCAUUAAAGAAAGAAAUAAGCUGUUUCCUGAGUCUGCUAUAAGGAAUAUCAUGUAUCAGAUAUUGCAAGGACUUGCAUUUAUUCACAAACACGGCUUCUUCCAUCGGGACCUAAAGCCCGAGAACCUCCUCUGCAUGGGACCAGAACUCGUGAAAAUCGCAGACUUUGGAUUGGCCCGAGAAAUCCGAUCAAGACCUCCCUACACAGAUUAUGUGUCUACCAGAUGGUACAGGGCUCCGGAAGUGCUCCUGAGGUCCACCAACUACAGCUCCCCCAUCGACAUCUGGGCCGUGGGCUGCAUCAUGGCCGAAGUGUACACCCUCAGGCCGCUCUUCCCCGGGGCCAGUGAAAUUGACACAAUCUUCAAAAUUUGCCAAGUACUGGGGACUCCGAAAAAGACCGACUGGCCGGAAGGCUACCAACUUUCGAGUGCUAUGAACUUCCGCUGGCCGCAGUGCGUGCCCAAUAACUUAAAGACUCUAGUUCCGAAUGCCAGCAGCGAAGCGAUUCAACUCCUGAGAGACAUGCUGCAGUGGGACCCCAGGAAACGGCCCACAGCCAGUCAGGCGCUUCGAUACCCUUACUUCCAGAUUGGGCACCCGCUGGGCAGCAGCGCGCAGAGCCUUCAGGGUUCAGGAGGACCCCAGAAGGACGGCCUGGAAAAGGCAGGCCCGCCUCCUCACCUGAAGCCAGUCCCUCCUGCCCAGCCCCCAACCAAACCACACACGCGGAUUUCUUCGAGACAGCAUCAAGCCGGCCAGCCCCCUCAGCAUCUCAUGUACCCCUACAAAGCAGAGGCUUCCAGGACAGACCACCCGAGCCAUCUUCCGGAGGACGAGUCAAGCCCCUUGCUCCUCCCGUCCCUCCACGCCAAGAACCCCCCGGCGAAAAUCCUACCUGGGCUGGAGCACAAAAACGGUGACAUCAAACCAAAGAGCAGGAGAAGGUGGGGUCUGGUUUCCAGGUCAACGAAGGAUUCCGAUGACUGGGCCGACUUGGAUGACUUGGAGUUCAGCCCGUCCCUCACCAGGACUGACCUGAAAAACAAGAAAAGACAGAGCGACGAGACCCUCUGCAGAUUUGAGAGUGUUCUGGACCUGAAGAAACCCUCUGAGCCCGUGGGGACAGGAAACAGCGCCCCCACCCAGACUUCAUAUCAGAGGCGAGACACGCCGACCCUGAGAUCAGCAGCCAAACAGCACUACUUGAAGCACUCCCGAUACUUGCCUGGAAUAAAUAUAAGAAAUGGCAUCCUUCCGACUCCAGGCAAGGAUUUUAUUCCAUCUAACCCAUGGUCUAGUUCUGGUUUAUCUGGAAAGUCUUCAGGGACGGUAUCAGUGAUCAGCAAAAUAAAUUCAGUUGGUUCCAGCUCUGCGAGUUCCAGUGGACUGACUGGAAACUAUCUCUCUUCCUUCCUGAAAAAAGAAGUGGGUUCUGCUGUGCAGAGGGUACACUUGGCACCUAUUCCAGAUCCUUCCCCUGGUUAUUCUUCCCUGAAGUCUGUGAGACCUCAUCCUGGACGACCUUUUUUCCACACCCAGCCUAGAAGCACGCCGGGGUUGAUCCCACGGCCUCCAGCUGCACAGCCAGUACACGGCCGGACAGACUGGGCUUCCAAGUACGCGUCUCGGCGGUGACAGUCACAGAGCCCUUUGGAGGGGAAAGCAGGACAGAGUCUCAGCCAACUGGUGUUCUAUCUGCAAGAAACUUUCAGAUGGUGUAAAAGCAAACAAACACUUUAUAGUUCUUCUUCUGAAUGAAGACAUUUCAAUAUUCUUUUUUAACUUUUUUUUAAAUAUUGAUUUAAAUGCAAUACCCUUUUUUUGUACAAAAUUAUUUUAUUCUAAUACUGGGUCCCAUUAUUUUCUUAAACAGCAGCAUUUUGUAUAUAUGGGUUAUGUUUUAGCAUUUUAUACAGUCAACUUUGUAACAAAUUUUUAAAAAAUUAAUUGACUUUCUUUUGGGGGUUCCAGAUAAUAUUUUAUACAGAUUUUAAAAAAUGUAAUAAUAUUGAUGCAGUAUUGCAACAGGGGUGCAAUUUAAGACUACAAGAUAAAGGGUUAUUUACUCACUGCGUGCGGAUAUUUGUGAAGUGGUUACAUUUUAAAUGUGGCACAUCAGGCACCUCAGGCUUCCCUGGACUGACAUCAGGACCAGAAAAAUGACCUUCCACUUCGCUUUGUUUGGUGUUUGUCCCCUCUGAUGAAAGAACUCUAAGUAAAUAUUUUUUGAAAUUCCUACAACACCCUUUAUAAGUGGUUGGAGGUAGCCAGCUAGAACCAGGCUUUCUCGUGCUGUGUGCCGUCACAUUCUGUGUCUUCCCUGUUCGAAAUCAGAUGGUGUAUGUACCCACAAAAGGAAAACUUAUCAAGCCACAAGAUUCUCAACAUAAAGGUUAAUACAGUCAAUGAAACAAAUAUUGCUGCCAAGAUGCAUGACCAAAAAUCUAAGUUUCAAAGCAGCAGAUUUUUUUAUUAUAAAAACGGAUAGAAAUUUGUGUUCAGCUCAGUUCUCCAGGCCUGGUUAGGAACAUGCAACAAAUAAUCUUCUCUCCGAGCCAAAAUCUCAGGGCAAUGUGCGGAGCUGACAAGAUUCAUGGCAGAGGUUCCACUUAGCUAGGAAGUCAGUCACCGUGAUGGUGAUGUCAUCGUGUGCCACAUUUGAACUUCGAACUCUUAACCCUUGUGUAGUUUCUUUCAACAGUGAGAACUCUAUUGGUUGGUGGGGGGCUGUUCCAUUGAGAGGAAUGUUUACAGCGAUUUUGAAAAUGACAAAGCUAGUUCGGAGACAGAGGAAGUCAAAAGGCGCACCCUCCUCCAUCCCUGUAGGACGCGUUUGCCUCCGCUCCUGGUUACCCGAAAGGCAGGAGGGCAGGUCACGGCCAGAGAAACGCAGCGCAGUCUCAGUAGCGCACCGACCCGCUCUCCCGGGCUCGUGCUCUCUCCUGUGCUUCCAGGCUCCAGAAGCUGAACCCUGUGAAAUUGCCAUUGUCGUAGGUUAAAAUGAAUAUUGGCGUUUGGCUAUGGGUGAGCCUGAUAAGUUGGUAAAUUGUCAUUUCAGUGUAUUAAUAAUAUAUUGCAGCCUGACCUGAACCAGUUAUACUGUGAGCCACUUUUAUAAAGAGCCACUUUUAUAAAGUCAGGAGUAAUUUCUGCUUUGGAGAAUCUGGCUCAGAAAUGCACUUGACCAAGCACUAUGAUCCCGAGGGCCAGGAGAAAAGCACAUAAUGGAUGUGGCUUCGAUAGGUAAUAUUUCCUGUUAACGAACUGGCGGCUGAGCUUCCGAAAAUAAAUAUGUAUGUAAGCACAACUUGAACCUGAAUUCAUUUCUGUAUUAUAUUCUCCACUCAUUAUCUAAAGCAACAGAAAAUGUGUUUUCAGGAAUGAGUCCUUUCCUGAGGUUAAUAUUUAUUUUCUCUUUCUGUAUUAUGUAUACAAAGUAAGUUAAUCUGUAACCAUACCCAGCUUGCUGGAAAGCUGGGUUUAAACUGUAAAUACCCCUUAGAGAAGCAAAUGGAUUGUGAAUACCAUAUUCUUGACACUGUAGCUCAUGUUAAAGUCAUUAUAUAUUUUUUAAUUGAAAAACCUUGUUACCCGGUUAUUAUACAUUAUAAAGUGGUUUUUCUAAUACUUUUGUAGGGCCUGAGUUCAGAGAAUAUUUUGCUUUUCUUCCUCUUAUCUUUCCUUUGUUCAUCAGCAAACAACUUCCCUUGGGAAACUAAACACAUUUAUUCAUGAGGAAGUCAAGAAGCUGAUGUGCAGUUUCUAGUCAGGAAACUAGAAUCCCGGGGGAAUAAAUUCUAAAGAACUAGGAAAACCCUAUAAAGUACUUUCCCUCUCCCCAUCCCCGAAAUGGGUAAAGGAUAAUUAUGUAUACAAGUUUUUUAAUAUAGAAGGGAAUAGUGACCUGUUUUUUUGUUGCUGUUGUUGUUAUGGUUAAGUGAGAAAAAAAUGCUACUUGUUGCAUGUAUUUUUUUAAUGACUAUAGAAUUAUAAGGUGUACCACAAGACACCAAGACGAGUGAUGGGUGUCACCGGACUCAUCCAUGACUAUACCUCACUUUCAGUCAGAAAGCCCUUCAGGGCACCAGGCGACGGACGGGGAUGGCUGUCACUCAUGCCCAAAGAUUCAGCGACGGGGCGCCAGGGGGCACAUGUGUCAACUGCACAGACACAAAAGUAGCGUGGUGUGAGUGCUCAUUUUACAAUAAGCCCUCCUCUGCUCAUGGGUGAUGGGAUUUAAGUAGGAAGAAAAUGGAUUUUUAAACAACUUUGAAGGCAUAUCUCUCGCCUAAAGGGUUAAGUAGCGUCUAAUAAAUCAGUGCUACGUCAUCUCCUUGGGUUUUUUGAAGACCAGAUACAAUCAAGGAAACACAUGUAAAGUGACACUAUUCUCAUUUUGUAAAGAAUUGUCAGGAUUUUGUCAGGAAUUUGUUUUUCAGUACAAAUAGCAGUACUGUUGGAGUUCAUGGUCGACAUGUUUUUCAUGAAGUAGCAUUUCCCUUCCAUCAAGUCGUUUUGUGCCAUUUAGGAGAGAAAAAGAAAGCAGGCUUUAUGAUUCAGCUCAGUGUAUGACCAAAAGCAAUAUGUUUAUAAGAAAAUGUGUGACAUACUAAUUGUAUCUCUUUUAAAGCAUACUAUAGCAACUUGUUUGUUUAAUGUAUGUGUUUGAUUUUUAGAAUUAUUUUUACAAUUUCCAACCAAAGUACUGUAUUUUAUAUAAUUUAUUGUGAGGAUCUUCUCGUGGAAACCAUUAAGAAGACAAACUGGAGGCAAAUAUCACUUAAUCUGUAUUAUUAGUUUCUUACGAACACUGUGCUAAUGUGAAUUUAAAAGGACCCAAUUAAUAGCUUUCUGGUAGAAAUUUUGUCAACUGAUUUGAUUACAAGGGAGGAACUGAGAAUAUAUUUAUUUAUAAAGCAAAUACUCAUAAUGAUGAAAAGAUAGAGGACAGAAAACCACUUAUGCAAGCCCCUUCCAAAAUAAAAUGUUGCUUUUUGAAUAGUUCAUCCUAAGGUGUUUUAAAAUGUUAAUUUUACAUUUAAAAAUUCUGCUCAAAAUA